UCAGCGGUUUGACAAGUUGAGUUGAACCUAAAUGCGUUAUUUCCUAUUCCUUCUGUUUUAUAUUAUUUGAGAAAUAAAAAUUAUUGGUUAAUAUUUAUAAAUCGCCGAAUGCUCGUGUCUAUUUAUUCGAAUUGCAUAAAAUAAAUCAACGCAUUUGUAAUUCAUUCAUGAACUUUUCUUGUCAAAGAAUUAAGAAAUUGCAUUGUUAACCUAAAAAUGGCUGGUGUUUUGUUCGAAGAUAUUUUUAAUGUGAAGGAUAUGGAUCCUGAAGGCAAAAAAUUCGACAGGGUUAGUCGAUUGCAUUGUGAAUCAGAAUCAUUCAAAAUGGAUUUGAUACUAGAUAUAAACUCUUGGAUAUAUCCUAUGGAACUUGGAGACAAAUUUCGACUUGUUCUUGCUACUACUUUACGAGCAGAUGGAUAUCCAGACAGUGGACCAAAUGAUUGGAGUCCGAUAGAAAGUGAAGGAUCCAGAGCAGACAGUUUUGAAUAUGUUAUGUCUGGAAAAAUAUACAGACUUGAGGGUGACGACAAUGCCAUGGAGGCAUCUAGUAGGUUAGCUGCUUAUGUUUCAUUUGGGGGAUUACUAAUGCGUCUUCAAGGUGAUGCCAAUAAUUUACAUGGAUUUCAAGUUGAGCAACACAUAUACCUAUUAAUGAAGAAGCUUGCGUUUUAAGAUAUAGGUCAUCAUAAUUAAGAUUCAUUAAAAUGCAUCGUUUUUAGUUUUAAUAUGUAUAGAAUAUUUAACUUCCCAAAGAAGAAACUUAGGUUGAUCU